AUGCCGCUUGCAAGCAGUGUGCGUUGUAUUGGCCGACACUCUUAAGAAGUUCGCCCAUGUGAUACUCCUGUCUAUUGUUAUUAAUAGGUUUAUUACCUAAUUAAGCACAGUAAUGGGGUUACGGCGUUGGAUACUAUUGUAACGUGUGCGCGUAUUUUGUGAACUUUUUCUGGAUGAUACGAAAUGGAGGGAUUCUUAGAAAUUGUAUUUUUUCUUGGAUUUUUGUAUUGGUUUUGGCCGAAUUUAUUUCUUGAAGGUGCAUCCAGAGCCAAUAAAAUGGUUGAUAUUGUAACAAGUCGUAUGUUUGAAGCAGUCAACAGAUUUGCACCCGUGCCCAAGCAACAAGGCGAUUCCUUGUCAACAAUUAACGAUUUGAAACGAUUUUCUUCGGAUCAGCGAUAUAAAAGGAUUUUAAACAGGGAAUCGGAAGCAAAGGCAAGAGAAGCUCAAUUGUAUGACAUAAAAGAAAAUGUACCUCCCAUUUCAAACAUUAAAACCAGACCAUUAAUGGGUCUUACAUGUUACAGUUGCGCACCAGUUAGUAGGGAUUCGUUAGUCAACCAGUCGACGAAGAAUUUAGGUUUGAAAAACAUUUUAAAUGAAUACCCUGCAAUUCGAAAGAAGGGAGUGCUUACACGAACAUUUGCUCACUUUACGCAAUGCUAUGAAGCGACCUCCUACAAUUACGCUUAUGUGGACAGCUCAAUUUUGGAAGAAGAAAGAGUGAAGCUUGCUAUAGAAAAGACCACAGCGAAACAAGUCGAAGAGUCGAACAGAUGGGAGGAGGAAUAUUGUGAACAGUUAUUGGUUCAGAAUGAGAGGCGAGCGAAAAAGUUGUUCAAAGAUAUGCAGUCGUCUAUGUCAGAUUUGUUAUUUAAGUUAACUUCGUGGGUAUUAUAUAAGCUGCUUCCUUGUUUUUUAAGCUCGAUCGUGGUCCAUUCGGGCCAAGUAAAAAUGAUUAAAGAAGCCGGACAGACUGGUCUACCUCUCAUUUUUCUUCCAUUGCAUAGAUCUCAUUUAGAUUACAUAAUGAUAUCAUUCAUUUUGUUCAAUAACAACAUCCAGUGUCCGUUGAUUGCCGCGGGAGAUAAUUUACGGAUGCCAAUUUUUGGAUCUUUACUUCGAGGGUUAGGCGCUUUUUACAUUAGGAGACGUUUGGACCCAGUUUUGGGACAAAAGGAUUACGUGUACAAAGCUAUCUUACAUUCGUACAUGAAUGCCGGUUUGAGAGCGGGACAUAAUGUAGAAUUCUUUUUGGAAGGUGGUCGCACUAGGACCGGAAAACCGCUAAUGCCAAAGUAUGGGAUAUUUAGUGUAAUACUUGACUCUUUAAUGGACGGAACGAUCGAAGAUGCUCUAUUGGUACCUGUUAGUAUAAAUUACGAGAAGUUGGUCGAUGGCAACUUUAUAAGGGAGCAGCUAGGACAACCAAAGAAAAUGGAAACGUUCAGAUCGACAAUGAGAAGUAUUUGGCAUGUGCUUAACUCCAAUUACGGAAUGGCUCGUAUUGAUUUAAAUCAACCUAUUUCACUUAGAGAGUUAAUGAAAACCUUUAACAAUGGUAAAGUACAGAACCAGGUGUUUCCGAAAAGUCUUCGUACAAAUCCUUCCAACAGCAGUCUAUAUGGAACAGACGUGGUAUCGGAUGAGUACAAAUAUUUGGUAGAGAAAAUUUCUAAACAUGUUCUUUACGAUGGUGCUCGCUCAACGUCAGUAAUGUCAACCAACGCAGUUGCCUACCUUUUAUUGCGUCAAUUUAGGAAGGGAGCUACUUUGGAUGAGUUAGUGGCAGCUUUGGAUGAAUUGAGAGUUGAUCUUGACAACAAACAGAAGGAUGUGGGUUUCAGUGGAAGCUCAAGGGAUGCCAUAUUAUAUGCAGUGGACAUGUUGGGCGUCUCAUUAAUAAAAAAAGAAGUUAUAGAUGACAAAUUUUUUAUUACACCUGACACAAGUCUUCCCAACGUAAUUGAACUUAAUUACUACAGUAACAUUCUUGUGAAUUAUUACUGUCUUGAAGCAGUCAUAGCCACAGCCCUGAACUGCAUGGAUACUGAACUAGGAGAAGUCUCCGAAGACGAAUUAGUAGAGGGAUGCUUGGACAUUUGCAACCUAUUGCAGUAUGAGUUUAUUUUUUGCAAACCCUGUCAAGAUUUGGAAGGCGCAAUUAGGGACUGCAUCGAAACUUUAACGAUUUACAAGGAAAUUUUUACACCAAUUAACGUUGAUACCAUCGAAGCUCAGAAAGGAAGGAAGUUGGCAGAACAAUUCUUUGACGAAGAUGAACUCGAUUAUACUGUGGCAAAACAGUUGAAAAUCAAUGACAACGAGAGUGUUAAUGAUUACCUCUUAUUUACGAGCAGCUUAUUAGCGCCCUUGAUAGAAUCGUACUCUGUUACGGCUUUUUGUAUGGACAAACUAAUCGGGCAGCCGCUUCCUGAAAGUGUACUAAUAAUGGAAACCCUAGACGAGAUGAAAGAGCAGCUUGGUACAGGGUCAAUCUAUUUCGAUGAAAGUGUUUCUAGCGAUUCAGUGAAAAACGCAUUGAAGUUGUUUCAAACGUGGGACAUUGUAGAGUGUCAAAGUGAGGGUAAACAUCGCAAGUUCAACUUAAAACCAUCCCACAACAACCAUGAUAGUAUCAGAACAUUAGCCAGCCGAAUAGAUAAAUAUCGGACCGGUGUUGUUAGUUUAGAGUAAUGUGCAGUAAGGCUGAUUGUGAAACUCAAGUGCCUUUGGGUAGUUUUGUUAUGUUCAAUUGUUUAAUCUUCGUUUUUGUGUGAUAAUUUAUAUGAAUAACAUUAUUUUUUAUUGUAGGUAUCGUAAAUAAAUAGAUAUUUCUUUUUA